UGCUGAGUCUCUUUUUAAUGUUAGAAAAAUGAAUAACUUGUCUGUGAUUGCUAAUUGCUGUCACUGGUAACAAAAUCAGAGACUUGGCAAAAGCUGUUGUAACACUAGAGCUCUUCUUUGAGUGUGUUUGCUUUUAGCUGUUUUGGGGAUGCUCCUCCGUAUAUACAUCAGUCUAAUUUUGGUGCCCAAAGGAAGGAAAGGGGGUGGAGAACAGCCACCAGUUUUCUUUAAGGAAAGAUAAAAAAGUAAUAAGAGUGCUACUCAUCUCUUAAAUGCAGGGUACUUCCAUGCAUCUUUCUUUGAUGGCUGCUGAAAAGGCCUGAAAAUCCCAAGUCUACAAGAUCAAAUAAAACACACACCCCGCAAGCCCCCAGCCCUGCUCCUUUAUGCCAUCUCUUAGUGAAUUGUCUCUCCAUCUGGUGACAAUUAAGCCCUAUCUGGGACCUUGCUGCAAGGUCUCAUCUCUUUUGGAACCACUCUCAGCAAAAGAAGAAAAGAAGUUCUUUCAUGUGAAAAAGACAAGACUGCAGUGACCUUGCUAACUGUUCAUAUUCCCUGGGUAGCAGAGACACUUAAAUGAUGACUUGUGUGAGGACAGACACGGUUAUUUUUCUCUUCAAGUAUAUGACACAGUGAAACAUAUCACCAAUCAAGUCAGAGCACAGGCACUUAGGACACACUCAGACCACAUUAUACUCUAUAGAGUAUUAUCCAUUGUUCUGGAUGUAGUAGGACCAUAGGACAGGAGUCUACAAAACAAGUGAAGGUUGGUGAACAUGGCCUGUGAAUUUAAUCUGAACUUCCUUAAGGGACUGGAGCGAGAGGCUGUUCUGGAAGUCCUGUACCGUGACCAGAUGGUGAGAAAAACAGAGGAGGAAAGAAUAAGAAAACUGAACCUGCAGCUGCAGCAGCUUCGGUGGAAAGGGGCAAGAAAUGUAAGCCAUGAAUACCAGGAGAGAUGUUGCGCUCGCUGUCAGAAAUCACUGGGGUUAUUGAUGAACAGAGGCGCAGUAUGCAACGGGUGCAGUCAUCGAGUGUGCUCUGAAUGCCGUGUCUGCCUGAAUCCCUGCCUUUGGAAAUGCACUGUUUGUUAUGCUCACGGAGAUGUUAAAGUAAAGGCUGGUGAAUGGUUCUUUGAGGAGCGAGCAAAGAAAUAUCCAGGUGAAGGCAGACAUGAAACAGUUGGUGCAAAGCUCUUGAAAUCUUAUCAGAAACUGAGUAAAAUUUCUGUCGUACCUCCAACUCCACCUCCUUUCACAGAAUCCUCAGCAGGAAGCAACAUGGCAGUAAAUGAACUCAGACAGUCUAAAAGUUUUAAUAAAUCUGUGGAAAACUUGUUUUUGUCUCUCACAACACAUAUAAAAAAAAUCUCUAAGUCCCAGAAUGAUAUGGCUGACAGACGUCUCCUAACCACAGAUUAUGGGCAGAACAUGGAAAGAAGGAAGCAAAGAAGGAGCCAGUCUGACACUGCCAUCAACCUUACAAGCAGGAUUAAAAGUACACCCAGCCUUCAACAGCUCAUCACUAGUGCCCAAAAUGACAGUGGAAUUCUGACCAAAAGGAAUUGCAAGGAGGAAGAAGACAUGACAACCAGUCCCACAAGUGAUGCAGUUUUCUGUGAUGGCAGAAAACAUGGGAGUUUGUAUAGUCUUAACAGCACUUGCACUGAGUCUGGCAAUUUUGGCAAGGCUAACAUCACGGGAGAAAUAGAGUUUGCCAUAAGAUACAUCUUCAAAGCUUGCAUCUUAGAAAUUUGCAUCAAGGGAUGCAAGAACCUGGCUUAUGGAGAAGAGAAGAAGAAAAAGUGUAACCCGUAUGUUAAGGUUUAUUUACUUCCUGAUAAAUCUCCUCGGAGUAAGCGGAAGACAGCUGUCAAAAAGAGCACUGUGGAUCCAGAAUUCGAUGAAUCUUUGAAGUACAAGAUUGAAUACUCACAGCUGGGAAGUCGGCAGCUUCAGAUAUCUGUGUGGCAUGCAGGAGCACUCAAAUACAGGGUGUUUUUGGGGGAAGUGGUGAUUCCGCUGGCAGCAUGGAAUUUCGAAGAUAACUCGAUGCAGUUGUUCAACUGGUACCAGCUCAAACCCAAGCUUGAAAAGCCUGAAGACGAUCUUGUCCAGUACAGCGGCGAACUCCUCGUGUCUGCAAGACUGUCAGUACCAGCCCAGUAUAAAAAUUUCCAGUUCGAAGGAAAAAAAGAUGAAGGAGUUCCUAACUGCCAGCUUCAGGUUAUGAUAUCUGGGGCCAAGAACUUGCCUUUGCUGAGAUCUGCUGGAGUGCCCAACUCGUUCGUUAAAGGUUGUCUUAUCCUUCCAGGCCAAGCAGAGGUGAAGCGAAAGACUCCUGUCCUGAAGAAAGAAGCCUGUCCCCAGUGGAAACACUUGUUUGCCUUUGAUGGUGUUACCCCAGUUCAGUUACAGCAAUCGUGCCUACACUUGACUGUCUGGGAGCAGUCAGCUUUCAGCUCAAGUGAUCAGUUCCUUGGAGGCGCCAAGCUUGGUGCAGAGGAAUCGUUUGGCUGCACAGACCUUGCUUCUCCAUCAGUGCGGCAAUGGCAGGAAGUGCUCCGCAACCCAAACACGUGGACGGACUUCACACUUGUACUGCAUUCAAAUAAGGAAAACUUUAAAUCAUGAGAGAUUACCACACAACAACUUUUCCUUCCCCAUGUCUGAUGUUUUAAAUUCAAGCGGCACAUGCCUUUCAGCUCUGGGCAAAGGUGCACUGCAACAGUACCUACUCCAUCUUUUGGGGAAUAGAGUUAUGCAUUUGAAAGUAUGUGAUGUUCUGAAGGUUUUGUUUCUCCAAGAGUUAAGGCUUUGUUAUCUGUGUCUGUAGCUGCAGUUUAAGGUUAGUAUUGUUUCUUCAGGAGCGGCAAAUACAGUAUGCUGACAAGGCAACAGUAGCCAGAUAAUAUGCAGGUUUCCAUUUCUGGGCACGCCAAACUGUAAUUAUUAAAUUUAAUCAUAGAUAAGCUUUCUCUCUAAGAAGUAAGGAGGGUAUAUGCUUUCACUCUGAUCUUGAUAUUUUAUACAUGUUCAGAGAGAAUUGAAAACUAGCUUAUCUUUACUUGCUGCAGAUGGGUGAUGUUGACACCUCCAUGCUUCAGACUUACGUACAGUAGCAGUAUUAUUUCACAUGAUCCUAAAAAGCUCUGGCCUGUGGCCACAUGCCUUCCAAAUGCGUGCUCUAUCAUGGAGCUUAAAACCAGGUAAAUGUAUAAAUUCUCCCUCAGUAGGAGUGUGGCACAACAGCUAAUAGAGUAAGUGUGGUUGUAGGAAGUUCCUUGUUCUUAUCAGCUGCUGAUGCAAGACAGUAUUAACAAGUCUGACGCGUAUGGCGUACAGCAUAGGACAAGAGUUUAGCUAAGGUUAUCAUUUAUUCAUGUGAACUGGUGGAAAUGCAAGCUUAAGGCCCAACUACUGUGUCGGUUCAUUGUGCCUCAGCUGUAGUGUUACAGUCAGCAGGAACUCCACAUACACACUGUACCUAGUGCUGCUGCUGUGUACCUCUUCCCUGGGACUUGGGUGAAGAUGGUCACACUGGUCAUUACAGCACGCAUUCUCCUUUCUUCCUUUCCAGGUCAACAUGGCCUUUAAGGACUUUAGAGUUAAAGACACAGGGAUUCAUAGGCUAAGCUCAGGAACUAAAAGAGCAGUAGCACACCUUACACAAAAUACACCCCACACAAGAAACGCUUGACACCAAGUCCUUUGUUACUUUGCAGAUCUUUUAUUUAGGUGUUUGCUGCUGCAAAUAAAAAAAAAAAAAACAAAAAACCAC